AUGCCGGUAGGAAGCAGAGUAAAGGAAGUUGGCGCAGAUUCCCGUUCCCUUCCUGCCACUUUUGGCUUUAAAACAUUUCAGUUCCUUCCACCUUCCAGCCCUGACUCAGUUCAAAUCGCAAAAGCACCACAAGCGAAGAAGACUCCAACCUCAGUUCCCGCCUUCCCAACCUCAGUGCUGAUCCCACGCGCCAUGUCCAACAAGCCCCAUGGUCCAGAUGCCGCAUCCCAGGCGGCAACUGCCAAGAAACAGAAGAGUCCCACUCUUGAGCCGCCGGGUUUGAAGCCGCGCAGCGUCGAGGCAGUAGCAACACCAGCUUUUGAAGAUCAUUGGGAGACUGUUGAGGAUGACGAUGACUACUGGUCCGGGGAAGAGGACUUUGUCUUCGAAAUCAUGUCAGAAGAAGAGAUCCAAGAAAAAGCAGACAGGUUGCGCGAGGAAAUCCGUGUUGCUUUGUGCAACGGAUUGGUGUGGAAGCCAUCUUGUGUCAAGGGCAACUCUUCGGUAACUGUCGAGGUCAAGGCUGAUCACUACCAAGUCGCCAACUGGGCGUUCGGUGGCAGCCGGAAUCCCAGUGACGAGACGUGGGGAGCGAUGGACUACCCGACCGAAGCCUUUAACGAGGAUUUCGGGCCAAUCCACAACCUUACUGGCUCCACCCCUCUUGCGCUCACUGGGACCCAUGUUCGCAUAAAUCUGUACCACGAGAGCUGGAACUCUAUGGAGUAUCCAUGGCAACAAACGAUUGCUGUCAUUGUUAGUGCCUCCUACGGCACACAGGAGGCUCGGGAUAGACUCCAAGACACGGACGUCUGCCCUUCAGACCUAGAGGGUAUGUUUUCGUCUGAAGACGACUACGUUUCUGUUAGUGGAGAAGACGAUGGUGAAAAAGCCUAUCAUGAAGAGGAGACUGAGGAUACUGGGCGGUUGAAUCCAUCCGUGCACUAG